AUGCCAAAAGUAUUAUGGAGUGUUCCAAUUCCGGAUCUAUCAAUACAUUUGAAUCCAAAAUGCAUGAGAUUAUCAGAAAUUCAAAUUGAACUAGUACAGCUAAAUAUCCUAUUUGAAGAAAAACAAAGGGUGGAAUUAUCAGAAUUAUUACAAAUAACUUGGAUGCAAAGAAAAAUACAGGUUAUUUUUAAGAAAAUCAAAAAUGGGAUUCCUUGUCAUUACAACCAGAACAACAGUUUACCCCAAGCAUUAAAUUCGUCAAAUCAGCCUUCAGAGGAGAACAAAAGUUUGGAAAAGGGAGGUGUAGCUUGUAUUGCAAAGGAAGUAGUGGAAUUGUUAAAAGUUUUUUUUCAUGUCGGAAAUGCAAAUUCUAGUCAACACUAUCUUCUAGAAGAUAUUGCUUCGUAUGUUGAAUGA